AUGCGAAAGGAGGAACCACUUGGCUACUCUGGCACGCGAUCGGGACAAAUGGAAGAAUUACUGGCGCCCGCUCGACCAUUCCGAAGACCAACGGGAGUCAAGGUAGUCAAGGUUCAUGAGGUUGGCAUUAAAGUCAUUUUAAUUGCUAUCGGACUAAAGGUUCAAACUCCGGGUACCGAAUCAUACUAUAGAGCUUUGAAAAUAGCGGGCGGAAGGGAAAAUAUGAUCCCCGCAAAAGACUUUACUAGCUUCGAUGUCAAAGUACUAGACAAUGUCAUUCGAGAAUUUGCACUUCUACCAGUGACAUUGGGUAAAGUGAGACGAGAACUACAAAAAUACACUUUCUCAUCUUCGAUGAAGUCAUUUCUUCUGUUAUUGCUUUUGGUUUCACAAGUGGAUGGAUUGGAUUCUUUUGCUGGCUUGUGCUUAUAUCCAUUCCACUUUGGGAUCGGUAAACUCCAGGGAUUAACGUGCGAGGUUUCGUAUCAAAUUAAAACUACAUACAAUAUGGAUGCUUUUGAUAUUUGCGAAAGUAACUCGCCAUUUCCAGUACAAGAUGCUAGACCAGGAUAUCCUACAAUAUGCACUUAUGAGAAAUAUUAUCAUUGUAAGGAGGAUGAGAUUACGAUAGGAAGAUUAUGCUUUUCCGUAAGAGGAGGAAAUACUGCUUUUUCGAAAGAUGGUUGUGGAAAAGACUACAAAUUGCAUGCGAUAGAAGAUCGAAUAGAGCUGAAGUGGAUAGUUGCACUUCUCUAUCACAAAAGUCGAGACUUCUUAUGGGUAGGAAACACCGAUGGCGCCCUUCUCAAGCCGAUCGAACUUCCUUCGAAGGAUGGCCAAGGAGAAAGCAGAAACAUAAAACAUGGUGGAGCACCGAUAAAAAUUGUGAUGUCGCACGGAGCAAUGCGAUUCAUUCGGAGAGGUACUGCUGUGUAUGGAAACAAGAAGGAUUUGCAUCCGUAUUUAUGUUCAAGACCUGCACAGGCCUAUGAAAAAGCUAUAGAUGAGCUGGAUAACGUUUGCAAUUUACUUGGUUUCCAAUGUGAGAAAGCAGUGGACCAUAGCGGAGCACUGCGACCGUUCGUGUACUUGAAUCACAUGUAUGCUGUAAGAGGGUCAAAAUUUAACCCGCUCUUUGGUGAUCUUCAUGAUGCUUGCAGUAUGUUUCCGAACGGAUAUGUGGCCUCUCUUGACGACUUCAAGGACCAGAAUGAAUGCUUUCGUGUUCUCAGCCGCAGAAGGCCAAUUUCGUUGCUUGUUCGUGUCACAGUGGGACGUGAUUCCGGGAAUCAUUUAGAAGCAGAUAAAUGCCAACGAGAUCCAUUAUUCAAAGCACAAAGAAAAACAUGGUACCAUGCAGACAAAAGAGGAACUGAACGUGUCCUCGAUGAAAGAGACUGGGAAUACAGAUAUCCUAGUAACUAUUGCGCAGAUCUUCCUCGUACAACCGCCGCAAUAUCCUUAUGCUAUUACGUCGAUAUUCCAACGAUUGCACGUCGACCGAUGAUUUGCUCUUACGGUAAUCCUCCGAUGGUACCAGUUCGCGACCGAGAUAACAUUUGUAACGAAGCGGCCUAUUUUGACAAAACCCAGGGUAGAUGUAAAUGUAUUGAUCCAGAAGCGGACGGUAAAAUAUUAGAACCUGAAAAGUAUGGGAAUUAUCCAUCGGGAACUGUAUGCUUAGGAUGUAAAAGUAAGCAUGGGAACAGGUCUAUUGUUUUUAUACUUGAUGGGACCGGAGAGGUUCAACAGAGUGGAUGGAAUGCACAAAAGCAAUUUAUAAGGACUGUUGUCGAUCGUAUAAAAGAGAUCAGAGUGGGAGUUGUUGUAGCGCGUCCACUGUCGGAUGUUCUUUUUAGAAUGGACAAUUACGAGAGAAUUAAAGAUAAGUUGAGGGAUUUCGCUCAUGGGCAUAACUUUGAAUAUAAACAUAUGACUUACACUACCAUAGGUUAUGCAUUGUUUCAUGCAAGAAAGAUGCUUGAGCGAGAGAAAACAAUGAGGAAAACAAUCGUUAUUUUUAAUGAUGGAAAACGUGAUCACUGUUAUACUGACGCUUCACCCCGUAUAUGUCCGUAUUCGACUAUCAAACUUUUAAUCAAAUAUUCACAAAAGGAGCAAUCAAAAAUAAUACGUGACCAAGGGAUCAAGAUACUUCUCAUUGCUGUCGGAAGUCGGGUACAAGCUACAGGUUCUAAUGAAUAUGAACGAGCAUUAAACAUAGCCGGUGGAGUAGAGAAUAUAAUUCCUGUAAAUGAUUUUGAGAGCCUGACUCUUCAAGUACAAAUGAAAAUCCUACGCGAAUUCUGUACCGAAGUUUACUAG